GCCACCACACCCAGCUAAUUUUUUCCGUUUUAGUAGAGACGAGGUUUUACCAUGUUGGCCAGGAUGGUCUCGAACUCCUGACCUCGUGAUCUGCCCACCUCCGCCUCUCAAAGUAUUGGGAUUACAGGUGUAAGCCACCGUGCCUGGCCUGAUUUCUUUUAAUAUAUCCGUUUAACCUGCUUCUGUCAUCAAGGGUGGCACACCACUCACACAGCUCACACCACUCACAUCACUCACACGGUUCAGUCACACAGCUCACACCACUCACAUGGUUCAUGUCAAUCACAUGACUCACACAGUUCAUACCACUCACAGUUCACACUGCUCACACCGCUCACACUGCUCACACCACUCACACGGUUCAGUCACACAGCUCACACCACUCAUCACUCACACAGUUCAUACCAGUCACACAGCUCACACCACUCACAUGGUUCAUACCACAUGACUCACACAGUUCAUACCACUCACAGUUCACACUGCUCACACCACUCACAUGGUUCAUACCAGUCACACAGCUCACACCACUCACAUGGUUCAUAUCAGUCCCUUGACUCACACAGUUCAUAUCACUCACAGUUCACACUGCUCACACCGCUCACACCAGUCACAGCUUCACCUUGCUUUCUCCCCCAACCGUGUGUCUGGUGCCCCCUGUACAAUGUGUAUCCCUGCCCUAGGCCCCUUCACAGCCGCAUCGCUUGCCCUGGUGGGUGUGCCACACGAGCUUCCCACCCACCCUGGUGGGCAUACUGCACAAGUGUCCGACAGCUGCUGUAAGAAAUUAGCCCAUGUGCAUGGCUUUGAACAACACCGACUUCCUGUCUUUACCUGACCUCCAGCCCCCCAGGCCCCCACAGCAGCUCACGAGAGCCACAGGCUUGAGGCAGCCAGAGAUGCAAGAAGAGGUGGUCCCUGACUGACAGCAACGGAUGGCAGCCACACCUGCCCCAGCCUCCCACCACUCCCCAAGCAGGUGUGCAUUGUGCAGAAGCGGGACACGGAGAAGAUGUACGCCAUGAAGUACAUGAACAAGCAGCAGUGCAUCGAGCGUGAUGAGGUCCGCAACGUCUUCCGGGAGCUGGAGAUCCUGCAGGAGGUGGAGCACGUCUUCCUGGUGAACCUCUGGUACUCCUUCCAGGACGAGGAGGACAUGUUCAUGGUCGUGGACCUGCUUCUGGGCGGAGACUUGCGCUACCACCUGCAGCAGAACGUGCAGUUCUCCGAGGACACGGUGAGGCUGUACAUCUGCGAGAUGGCGCUGGCUCUCGACUACCUGCGCGGCCAGCACAUCAUCCACAGAGAUGUCAAGCCUGACAACAUUCUCCUGGAUGAGAGAGGACAUGCACAUCUGACCGACUUCAACAUCGCCACCAUCAUCAAGGACGGGGAGCGGGCGACGGCGUUAGCGGGCACAAAGCCGUACAUGGCUCCGGAGAUCUUCCACUCUUUUAUCAACGGCGGGACUGGCUACUCCUUCGAGGUGGACUGGUGGUCAGUGGGGGUGAUGGCCUAUGAGCUGCUGCGAGGAUGGAGGCCUUAUGACAUCCACUCCAGCAACGCCGUCGAGUCCCUGGUGCAGCUGUUCAGCACCGUGAGCGUCCAGUAUGUCCCCACAUGGUCCAAGGAGAUGGUGGCCUUGCUGCGGAAGCUCCUCACUGUGAACCCCGAGCACCGGCUCUCCAGCCUCCAGGACGUGCAGGCAGCCCCGGCGCUGGCCGGCGUGCUGUGGGACCACCUGAGCGAGAAGAGGGUGGAGCCGGGCUUCGUGCCCAACAAAGGCCGUCUGCACUGCGACCCCACCUUUGAGCUGGAGGAGAUGAUCCUGGAGUCCAGGCCCCUGCACAAGAAGAAGAAGCGCCUGGCCAAGAACAAGUCCCGGGACAACAGCAGGGACAGCUCCCAGUCCGAGAACGACUAUCUUCAAGACUGCCUUGAUGCAAUCCAGCAAGACUUCGUCAUUUUUAACAGAGAAAAGCUGAAGAGGAGCCAGGACCUCCCGAGCGAACCUCUCCCCACCCCUGAGUCCAGGGAUGCUGUGGAGCCUGUGGAGGACGAGGUGGAACGCUCUACCCUGCCCAUGUGUGGCCCCAUCUGCCCCUCGGCCGGGAGCGGCUAGGCCAGGAUGCCCGUGGUCCUCACCCCUCGAGCUGCUUUGGAGACCCGGCUGCCAGAGGGAGGGCCAUGGGCCGAGGCCUGGCAUUCACAUUCCCACCCAGCAGCCUGGCUGGCGGUGCCCACAGUGCCCCGGACACAUUUCACACCUCAGGCUCGUGGUGGUGCAGGGGACAAGAGGCUGUGGGUGCAGCGGACACCUGUGGAGGGCAGCAAGGAGGGCAUUGCCUGUGGGCCCCUGAGACCCGCCUGGACGGAGGAAGCGCUGCUGGGCACCCUCUUACCGCUCAUGGGGGGCUGGGGCCGUGGAUGGGACGGGAGUCUUUGUCCUUGCUCAGCUCCGAGGCUGUGCACGGCCCUCCUCACAAGGUGACCCUUGCAGCGCAGGCUGCGGGUGCCCCAGGCUCGGCUCAGUUCUUGGAGGUCAAGGGUGUGGGUUGGGGGUAGUGGGUGGGGAGGUGAAUGUUUUCUAGAGCUUCAAACUGCUCCAGCAAUGUCUGUAUAGUUUUCACCUCUGAGAAUUACAAUGUGAGAACCGC